UUAGGAAAGAAUCAUUUGCUGGAGAAACAAGGGCCAUGCGACGGGAUCUGAGACUCACCAAGGAAGAGCAACGUGCGACACGAGAGAGAGAGUGAGAGUGGCAGACGGCAGUGGGCUUACCGGAAAGGAGUGGGUUCGACGGGGUUGGGCUGGUCGGCGAUUUCUGGGCAGCGUGGUGGUGCUCUGACGUCCUUUUUGGCGGUCGGCGGUGGCUGGGCAAAAACACAGGGCUGUGCGAAGAAAAUGUCAGGGUAUGAGAAUGUUGUUGGGGGUAAGCUGAAGCUCAAGGGAAAAGCCCUGGAUGUCAAGGCUGGGGGGGUGAAGAAGAAAAAGAAAAAUAAGAAACAUCAGGAUCAGCUUUCUGAAGUUACAGAAAAUAAACCUCCAGCAGGUGGAAGUGCAGAGCUAUCAGCUGAUCCCAAUGAGGAUGAUGUAAAUGAUGGAAACAAAUUGAGUGAGGAUGGAAAGGCUGGUCGUUAUGAUGUUCAUCUCACUCCCGUAGAAAAGCGGUAUAUAGAGCAGAGGGAGAGAAUUGAUGUUCAUAGAUUGGCCAAGACGGCUAAUAAAUCUCACCGUGACCGGAUUCAGGAUUUCAACCAGUAUCUGGCAAAUAUGAGUGAACAUUAUGACAUUCCCAAAGUUGGUCCAGGAUGAUCUGGGGAAGUUUAUGAGUUUGAAGAACAAGGGAUCAUCAACCUUUUGUUUGUCACUGUAAUGUCAAUGCUACAUGUACACAUUGUGGUACCGACUACCUAUUGCCCUAGAUUUAUGCUUUUGUUCAGUGACUGUUGAUACACUCCAGGUUAUCUUUUUUCCCCUAUUUUCCCAUUGUGAAUUUCAAUUACCAAUUGCUUUUUCUGAA